AUGUCAUCGUCCGAGGUAGCAUUGCGACGCCCAAAGCGUAAGCGCUCUCGCAAAGCACGAACAGCUGUCGUAUCAUCUGAUGAGAGCUCUCUAGAAGACUCUAUACCUAACACAUCUAAACCACAGUCUCCGACAUCCUCUCCCUCCUCAUCUGAUACUGAGAAAGAUGACGACGACGACCAUUUGCAAGGCUACAUCGAAAAAGAUGAAAGUCGCUUUGACGAAGAAGAGUCAAAUGAAAAUGUUCUUGAUAUUGACGAUAAUGAUUCAGACGAGCUGCAGCCGCCGUUAAUAUCACUUCCAAAGCAAUCCAAGUCUUCGACUGAAAUGCCGGCUAAGACAUGGGUAGAUGGGCCUAUUAACUCUAUGCGACCCGAGGAUUUGGCGCCAAUACUGGAUGAGAAGUUAAAGAAGCAAUUUCACACAUUGUAUAUGCAAUGUCUUACUGAGAAUUUUGAGGACGAACUUGACCAUAUUCGCCAGAAUGAUGUGCGUUUAGCAGAGGAUACCAGCACGAGUCAGGCAACUGGCCGAAUGUCUCUCUUAGUGGACGCACUAUCUUUUGGGAGCGAGGCUUUAAUGAAAUCACGCGCUUCCAGUCAUCAUGUUGCUUUAGCUUUGCCUAAAGAUACAGAUAUCUAG